CGGAACUUUUUCUUCAUUCCGUCGCUGUAUUCUGAAGUGGUCGAAGUGAGAUUUGGCGGGUCCGCCUCUAAUUCAGCAUGGCGGCUCGGUAAAGCGACCCAGCGGCAACUCGCAACAGUGCACAGCACUGGGCAAAAGUGCAAACUUUCAAAAUGGCGUUCCACAAUGGGCUUCUCAGCUUUGCUGUAGUCGACAGCAUAGAAAGACUCGACUUGCAGACCCAGUUUUCCCUCGAAGAGUAUUUCAAAGUACAGAAAGAUGUCAGUUUGGUUAGAUUCUCGGUUCUCAUCCCUGAUGGAGGACUGCAUGUCCUGCCUCGAUUCGCCAUUUCUGAUGGCUGACCCGAGUCUCGUCAAUGCAGACCUGGAGGCCGGGCCGGUGAAGUCUUGCCUCACACCUCCCCAGUUUGGUGGCAAUGAGGGAAGUGAAUUGUCCUCCCAGUGUCCAUGUAUUGACCCUUUGGACACAGAUAAUGUGGAUGCGUUCACCGGCUUGGACUGGAUGGUAGAGAAGGUGGAUCUCUUUGACACUGAAACUGGUUGUCCCUCCCCAGAUCUGCUGUCUGCUUUGGAUGGUUCUAAUCUUUUAGAAGAACUGCCUUUUGAACCCUUGCCAGUCAAACAGGCAGCAGAUCUGAGCCUGGACCUUGGGUCAUUCCCAAAUUCACCUAAAGGGUUAGAUCAGCUGGCUCCUGGUACCCCUACAGUUGUCCCAGAAUCCAUUUUCUUCCCUGAUGACUCUUUCCAUGUAGAAGUAGAAAGGGUAAUUGAUAUCUCAAAUGUUGAGGAGAAGCUAGACUUGGUUUUGAUUCAGUCAUCACCUCUGCAGGAUUCCUGCACAGAAAUGUUAGAUUCUGACAGUGGUCUUGGUUCUAGUCCUCCUCACUCCCCUGAUGAGUCUUUAGAUAGAAGUGUGUCAGAGAGAUCUUCCGAAGACGACAAGUCCUUCCUCAAUAAUUUCAGCCCUGCAAGGUCAAAACCAUACGAUCGCCCUAGUGUGGAAACGGUAGGGUGUUCACCCAAAUUAAAAGGCAAUUGUCUGGAGCCGAAGAGCAUGGAGAAAAAAUUGAAGAAGAUGGAGCAGAAUAAGAGUGCUGCAACACGAUACAGACAAAAGAAGAGGGCAGAGCAAGGUGCUAUAGUUGCAGAGUGUAGCCUUCUGGAGGAGAAAAAUAAAACCUUACAGGAAAAAGCUGAUUCAUUGACUAAAGAAAUCCAAUAUUUAAAGAGCUUGAUAGAGGAUGUUAGGAAAGCUAAAAAUAAAAAGCUUGUAACAUAGCACUGCGCUUUAGUUUUGUACAUACAUGUACGUAGUGUUGGCUAAAUAUUGUAAUUUUAUAAUAAAAUUUGGAAUGUUUGCUUUGUAA